AUUGGCUACAGCUGAUGAUUGACCCACACGUACACAUGUCACAGUAAACAAAAAUCGUACAACGAUCAAUCCCAUGUAAUACGUGCACGAAGGACAGUUGCAAGUUUAAGAAUUACGUCGUCUUUUACGACCGCAAAUUACCACUUUCAGAGCACUGAAUUCAACCUAAUUCCUUUGCAAUGUCGGAAGGAGCCCUACAGACCGAUUUUAUGACCCUGACGCGGUUUGUUCUCGAGGAACAACGGAAAAUUCCAGGCGCAACCGGCGAGUUGACCCAGCUACUGAACUCUUUACUGACCGCCAUUAAGGCCGUGUCGUCUGCUGUACGCCAAGCUGGAAUUGCUAAACUGUAUGGUAUAGCAGGCGGCACCAAUGUGACUGGUGAUGAGCAGAAGAAACUAGACGUCUUGGCCAACGAUCUCUUCAUCAACUCCCUCCGGUCGUCCUUCACCACCUGUGCGCUCAUCUCGGAGGAGAAUGAGACGGUGAUUGAGGUUGAGGCAGAGCAGAGAGGGAAGUACAUCGUCGCCUUUGAUCCCCUGGACGGCUCCUCCAAUAUCGAUUGUCUCGUCUCCAUUGGAUCCAUCUUUGGCAUCUGGAGGAACGGAACCAGCGAUGCACCGACCAAAGAACAGAUCAUGCAGCCCGGUCGUAAGAUGGUCGCAGCCGGCUAUGCUCUGUACGGCAGCGCUACAAUGGUGGUACUCAGCGCAGCAGGCACCGUCAAUGGCUUCAUGCUGGAUCCUGCCAUCGGUGAGUUUAUCCUAACAGAGCGUAACAUCCGCAUCAAGCCACGAGGCAAAAUCUACAGUAUCAAUGAGGGAUACACUGAACUCUGGGCCGAUGCCAUCAAGGAGUAUGUGGAAAGCAAGAAGAAGACGACCGAAGAGAGGGCGGCAUACGGUUCCCGGUACAUCGGUUCCAUGGUCGCUGACAUGCAUCGUACAUUGGUGUACGGGGGGAUCUUCUUAUACCCAGCACACAAGAAAAGUCCAAAGGGAAAGUUGCGGCUGUUCUAUGAGAGCAACCCCAUGGCCUACAUUGUGGAGCAUGCUGGCGGCUUAGCCACGACCGGCGAAGAAAAUAUCCUGGACAUCCAGCCCACCAGUAUCCACCAGCGCUGUCCGGUCAUCAUGGGCUCCAGCGAGGACGUCAAAGACUUCCUGGCCAUUGUUGAGAAGCACAAGAAAUAAGCCCCGUUUCUUAUUGUGACGGGUGGGUUUGUUUCAGUAACCAAAGCACUGGAGUCAUAACAAAAUGUAGUGGUCGUGUUCUUGUUUUGCUUGUUCAUCCAGCAGGUAGUAUCUGUGUUGUGUUGUCGUUGUGGCGGUGUUCAAGUAGCCAGAAGAUGGACUAUAAAGCCCACUGCACACCUUUCCGAUUUUACCGACUCACUGAAUCACCGCUACAGUUUUUUCCACCAUUUCGGAGACCAAAAUGUUUACCCGCACACUGGCCCGAUAUAACUGGUCACAUGAUGACAAGUCUGACUGUCACAUGAUGACAAAAUGGCAGCCGUCAAUUUUGAAUCAUGUGACUUCCUUUCAGAAUCUGAUUGGUUAACAUUAAGUUUGCGUCUGGUGAAAUCAGACUGCUGCCCUCACACCUUUUUCGGUGACAUCAGAUCCGGUGAAAUCAGAUGUGAACAAAUCAAAUAUGUUUUAUUUCAUCCAGUCGCCCGGUGUAUAGUAAGAUGGGUCCGAUUUUCAGUUCAUACCUCUGCGAUCUGUCCCAAUGAUCCAGUGAACUGGUGAAAUCAGAAAUGUGUGCUGCGGGCUUUAGACACAAACAGUGGUCAGACAAAUCAUAUUAAGUGCUUAGUCUGUUUUGGCUUUAACUUGCUGAUUAUAAUCCUUAAUAUACAAUGCACUAAAAGUACAAAAUUCGACUGAGCACGUCCCAUUUUGUUUUGACAAAAGGGUAGAUGCCUGAUGUCCGACCGCAAUUUUACCCUCGGAAGAGUUUUAAUUUUCUUUUUCCGAAAAAGAAAAGGGGUUUUUAUUCCUCUUAUACCAAAGUCAGGAGCUUGGUUUGUUUGUUUUUUGAUUAUUAUUUUUUUUAGGGGAGAGGGUUGUGAGUCGAUGGUUGUGUUUUUUUUUCAUUCUUUCUUUCAUCUGUUUUGUCUGCAUUCAUGUGAUUAUUUCUCACACAUAACUGCUAUCUUUUCGUUUACAAUUUAAACAUGAUUACCCAUUUUUUCCUGUUCUAGAACAACUCACUAAGCUGCAUUUGUUUAAAUUGCAAAAGAAAACUCACUCUCAAGGGUUAGCCUUCAGUCUCAAAGUGAAGCUUGUAGAGCAUUAUUCAGUAUGUAUUUGCCUAUUUGUGCCCAUGAAUUAGCUGCAUAAACAAGAUACAGGGGAGGUUUUUUUUUGGGGGGGGAGAUUCGAUAGUCAGUAUGUGUGUAGUCCUUAAUAAGUAUGACCAUUAUCUUAGGCUGACAGUAAAUUCAUGGAAAUUUUGAGACGUCCAGGUACAUUGUAAUAUGAAUUCGAAAAAAAUUGAAACAAGUACUGGACUGGACUUCCUGCCAUUUAUGGUUGAGGAAGCAAAAUACCCAGAUAGGUUUGUGACUGUAUCCAGUAAGUUUAUGUCCAGUUGUCUUGUUUCAAAUUUUUUGAAUUAGGUUGACAAAAAAUUUUCUGUAACCAACAAAACGGUUUCUGAUGCAGCUCCAUAUUGAAAUAAAUGUUCUUUUUUUUCCUCAGUGCAAAAAUAAUUCAACUCAAAAGAAUUUUAACAUUAAGUUUGCUUUAUUUCCAAUUGGACAAGACGUGCUACAUGCAUUUGCAAAGUAUCAAAGCAUUACUUUCACCUUGAAAUACCUAUAAGAUUAAAAUUGCACAUAGUAUUCAAGUUAAUGCAGGUUAAGCGCCAGUUUAAAGCUUUGGACAUACGAGUAAAGUGUGCGUAAUAAACUUAAUCAUGUUUUAGUGAUGCAUGUACAUUCUACUUGCAACUUGUUUUAAUAGAUGCAUUCAAAAUGCCACAGGUGAGUACCAGUUUACUGGAUUCACAUGUCAUGCUUUUAUAUUAUUUGUUACCCUCCAUUUUCCAACUGAAAUCAUAUCAGGUUUGCAAAGUUUAUCACCAUUAUGCUUGUCGUAUACUUUUGUUUCUUAUUUAUGAUUGAUCAUUAAAAACAGUAGAGACAAUGUUACCCUUUA